ACGACAUAUUUGUUUCUUAUCAUUAUAUAUAUAUAUAUAUAUAUUUGUUUUCCUUCGUUUCUUUAUCUCUUUCUUUCUUUCUUUUUUGUUUGUAUUUUCUAUAUACUAUGUCGUCCUUAGCAGCAGAGACCAUUGAUAUUACUGAAAUCCAGCCUGGCAUGUCUCAAGCCGUUAAGGAUUGCAUUAGCGGUACAGUAGGUGGCAUUGCUCAAGUACUUGUUGGUCAGCCAUUUGACACGGUGAAAGUCCGUCUACAAACACAAUCUACCACCAAUCCUUUAUAUGCAAGUAUGAUGGAUUGCGUACAAAAGACGCGUGCUAAAGAAGGUGUUGCUGGGUUUUACAAGGGCACAAUGACCCCUUUGGUAGGUAUUGGUGCUUGUGUAUCUAUUCAGUUUGUUGUUCUUGAAGCAAUGAAACGUCAUUUCAACAGCGUCAAUAAGCCAGGCGAAUUUCUUAGUAACAGUCAACUUUACUUGGCAGGUGCAGCAAGUGGUGUGGCCAAUUCGUUUGUGUCUGGUCCUGUAGAGCAUAUUCGUACUCGACUUCAGGUCCAAACUGGUACUGGUUUCAAUGGACCUAUUGAUUGCAUUCGUCAAAUCUAUCGUUCAUAUGGUAUUGCUGGUAUCUACAAAGGUCAAGGCAUUACUAUGGCUCGUGAAUUCCAAGGCUAUGGUGCUUAUUUUUUAGCUUAUGAAUACCUUGUGCAAGAAGCUAUGAAAAAGAACAACUUGGAAAAACGUUCUGAAUUGCCUACAUGGAAAGUAUGUGCGUUUGGUGCUGCUGCUGGUUAUGCCAUGUGGCUCACAAUCUAUCCUAUGGAUGCGAUCAAGUCUAAAUUACAAACAGAUGGCUUCACUCCUGAAACAAAGCAAUAUUCUUCUGCACUAGACUGUGCUCGUAAGACUUUUGCUAGAGAAGGUGCUGGUGGUUUCUUUAGAGGUAUUGGGCCUUGUUUGCUUCGUGCUGCACCUGUUAAUGCGGUUACUUUUAUGGGCUUUGAAAUGGCCAUGCGUGUUUUGUCCUGAUUGUGUAAAAUUGUGUAUCUAAAUAGAAUAGUUCUUAUCGUGGGAAACUCUACUUAAGGUUUGAUACGAACAUUGAUCAGAUUUAUAUUGCUAUUCAGGAACACGCUUAAAUUUUUUUUCUUUCGUUUGAACAGCAUUAAGUGAUGCUCUUUUUUUCUUCGCCUUACAAACAAGAAAGCACUUUAUUCUUUUUGAUUGAGCCCCCGCUUUAUUUUUCUCCAACAAUCAAAGUCGAGUUGCGUAUACUUCGAAAUCAAAUAAUAAAGCUGCUCUACAACAUUGAAUAUAAAUGCCGAAAAAGCUUAAUUUGUUUUGAAUGAUAGCACUACGUUUCUAGAAUAAUUCUUGUCUUUGGCUAAAGUCAAAAAAAGACAAUCACAUUCUUGUUGCAAGUUACACAGAGUUUGACUCUGAAGGGAAAAUUUUUUAAAAAGAAAAAAAAA